UAUCAAGUUGCUAUUCCAAAUCAAUAAGAUUAGAUUAAAAUGCGAUUUAUUCAAGUUCCUGUGCUGCUUUUGCUUUGCCUGUUCCAUGUACAGUCUUCAUCAUAUUUGAAAAAAUUAACGUGUAAACAAAUUGAAAGAUGCGAUGAAACUUUGACUAACUCGACAUUUAGGUUUCUGAAUAGUCCGAACCCAUUCGAGUUUUUUCGUGAGAUAUCGAAACUUAAGACAAAAAAUACUAAGAGUUAUAAAAAUGAUUUAUACUCAUGUGAUUCCAGUCUCGAUGGAUCUUCUUGUCGCGAUGAACGUAAAAUCAAAUCGAGUCGAGUUUAUUCUGAUACUGUUGCUGAUGAUAAACGGAGUGUCCAAUGUGGUGGAGUUUUGAAUUCACCAAACGGACUUGUGACCUCGCCGAAUUAUCCUAAUCCCCCAAAUGUCUCUGGUGAAUGUCUUUGGAAGAUCAAAACAUCAGAUGGAUCUCGUUUGGUUGUUAAUUUAAUUGAUUUGGAAUUAGAUUCUUCUCUUAAUUGCUCUCAAAAUGUGUUAAUCAUUUACGAUGGACCAACUGAUCAAGACUCUCAACUAUUAGUUGCUUGUAAUCAGAAACAACUUGAUAAUAGUUUGAUUACUUCAAGAGGCAACGAGUUGACAAUCAAGUUGAUCACAAAUGGAUCAACAGAUUAUGUCAAAGGUUUUAAAUUUUCUUAUGAAACUGAUUGUAAUAAUUUCAUUGAAGGUAUCAGUGGAUCAAUAGAGAGUCCAGUCUACCAGAGCUCAAAGAGUCUUAAUUGCUCUUGGAAAAUUAAAGUACCAAAAGGAAACAAUAUAAGUUUGGUCAUUGAGAAGUUUAAAUCAUCUGAUUCAUCUUCAUGUUCAACAAGUUACUUAUCAUUCAUCAGUAAUCAGAAAACUAAAACAUUUUGUCAAACAGUUGAUGUCACAGAUUUGGAUCCAGUUUUUAUCUCUGAUAAUCAAGUACAAAUUGACUUUGUUAAUCUUUAUCCAGAUAAUCAAUUCUAUUUCCGAUUAGAGUGGAAACCAGUUGGAUGUGGAGGUGAAAUUAUUGAAAGUGAAGGUGAAUUGGUUUCUCCAAAUUAUCCAGAUUCUUAUCCAAAUGGACUCAAUUGUCUCUGGACUAUUCAUGGUAAACCAGGUCACAAGAUCGAAAUGUACAUUUACGAAUAUCAUAUCGAGAGAAAUGACUCUUUACAAAUAUUCGACGGACCGAAUACAAGGUCACAUCGCCUUUUGAACCUUUCAGGUCGCCUUUAUAAGCAACUAGAAGUUCUAACGACCAGAAAUGAAGCAACAAUAUUUCUGGAAGUCGAUGAAAAUUUCAAUGGAAAAGGAUUCAGAUUGUACUAUAAAGUCGUAAGAAGUAAUCGAUGUGAAAGUAGCUAUCGUACAAUCAAAGGCUCGAUUGCUUCACCCAGUUAUCCGAACCGUUUUGUUGGACCAAACUCAUGCCAAUGGUCACUUGUUAAUUAUGAAACUUAUUUUUCUAUCAUAAUUGAAGAUCUGGAUAUUCCUUGGUCAACCAACUGUACUGAUUAUUAUUUAAGAUUUUUGACUCCUCAGAAAGAGGAACUUGCUCGAUUUUGUGGUAACUCUUUUCCAACUUAUCCAAUCAGAUUCAAUUCUAGUAAAACCAUUUUGAUCGACUACUAUUCUAAGAGUUAUCAUCAUGGACGAGGGUUUCAGUUGAAUUAUCUCAUGGAUUGUUUAUUGUCGAGCUACAUAACGUCAACCACAUUUACGAACUUAGAUUAUCCAACGAUAAAAAGUGACAGCUCUUCGUGUUUCUAUCAUUACAACAUUUUCGAACCUCAUCGAUCGUCUGGUUUGACAUUUUACUUUGACUUUGUUGAUCUCGCAAUUAAGUCCAAUUCGGAAAGUUACCUGGAGAUACAAGAAGAAACAUCGAAUGGCUCAACACACGUAGUUCGAUACAAUGACUCGGAUCUCCCAUUACCUCGUAUUUAUGGAGCACCAUUUCAUAUUCAAACUAGAGGUGAUGUUAUCUUUAAGCUCGAGUAUCUUAGGAAUUUGAAUAAUUGUUCAUUUGUCUUCAACAGUUGGGAAGGAACAUUUAAUUCACCAGGAUAUCCGAAUGAUUAUCCUCCUUCUCGAACUUGUGUUUGGAAAAUUAAUCUUGCUCAAGGUAAUUUAAUCUCUUUGAAGUUUCAUUCGUUUGAUGUUAAAUAUGAUCAAUUCUGUGCUUUGGAUCAUUUGGAGAUUCGUGAAGAAAAUGAAUCAGGUAAACUCAUUGGACGAUUUUGUGGAUCAAAUUUACCUCAAUUGAAAUCGACUCAAUAUUAUCCAAGUUUAUGGAUUAGAUUUAAAUCUCAUGCUAAUGGUUCAGCUUCUGGAUUCAAAGCUUCAUACAAAACAAUCAAAGAUGUGAAAAUUAACUCUGAUUCUGGUAAAAUUGGAUCGUUCGCUUAUCCAAGAUUAUUUUCAUCGGAAAACAAUCAAAGUUGGAUAAUUAAGACCAGUGACUCGAAUAAGAUUAAGUUUAAAUUGGAAACAAUUGAUAUUCUUGAUGAUUCGUUCAACGGCUCAUGUAGCAAUUCUAGUAUCACAAUUUAUGAUGGUCUAUCAGUGAACAGCUCGAUUCUCGGUCAGUUUUGUGGCUAUCGUGCUGGUGAAAAUCCAAUUUACACAACUUCGUCAGUUGCUUUUGUCCAUUUCAAGCCAAACUUUUACAUUUCUAGAUUCUUGUUGAGUUGGACAUCGGUCAGUAAGAAUAUUCCAUUUCCGCUUAUUGAUGAUCCUAAUCAUCUGUGUAAAUACACUGCGAGUCUUAAACUUAAUCAAAACUUGACUCUACUUUCAAGUUCUUAUCCGAAUGAUACGAAUUGUAGUUGGACCAUUUCGAGUCCUAUGGGGACUCAGUUACAAGUCGAAAUUAAUGAGAUGGAUAUUAAGUUACACUCAGAUGAAAAAUGUACCAAGAAUAGAGUCUCUUUUUACGAUUACAGUUUUGACCAUGAAAAAGCUUGGAAAAUAAAUAGAAUAGUCUGCGAUUCAAAAGAAAAACUAUUCACUCUUCAUGGUAAUCAAUCGAUGAUCUCAUUCUUCAACUACGGUGACUUAUCAACCAAUCUAAAAGGGUUCAACAUAACAGUGAGACCGAUUUGUGGUGGUACAUUUUAUGGACCAACGGGUAAUAUCGAUUCGUCUUUACUUGGACCAUUCGAAACUUGUUCAUGGAAAAUCGUUGUACCAAAAGGUCAACGAGUCGAACUUAAAUUUAAAUCUUUUAACUUGGGUUCGUAUGAUGACCAUUGUUCUAAUGGUUAUUUAAGUAUUCGCAAUGAUGACUCGCCUAACUCUCGAUUCAUUGGACACUAUUGUGGGUCUAAUUUACCUAAAAAAAUAAUAUCCGAUUCGAAUCAAUUUUUUAUAUCAACUUAUGUUCCUGCAUCCGAACAAUUUGAAUUUUCUUUAUCAUAUCGACAAGUAUCAGCUCCAUGUGAGUUCACCGUGGAACUAAAUGAAUCAAAUCCAUCGGCCAUAAUUCAGCUUCCUGGAUACCCUAAUCCACCUGAUGAAUAUUCUGAGUGUGAUUGGGUUAUAAAAGCUCCAAUCAACAGAUUUAUAAGAAUUGACUUUGAUAUACCAGAUCACGAUAAAAUGUGUGAUUUGAAUACAACUUACGUUGACAUUCAUGACGGUCCAUCGAAUUUGCUACCUAAACUUGGUCGAUUCUGUCCAAUAGCUCGAACAACAAGUGUCGUUACAUCAGAUAAUCGUAUGUUCAUUCAUUUUGUUACCAAAGAAGGGGCUGGUUCGAGUUCAUUUAAGGCAACAGUAAAUCUUCAUGUUUGUGGUGGUAAUUUCGUCAUAACUGAGUACACCCAAAUCAAAAGCCCUUUUUAUCCCGAACCUUAUGAUUUUAAUUUGACUUGUUAUUAUAACAUUUACUCAGACAAAAUAUCGCAACUGUUGACUUAUGAAUUUGAAUCAUUUGAUUUACCUUCAAACGACAAUUGCACUGUUGGUGACUAUCUAGCGAUUCAUGAAUAUAACCAAUCAGGUAACCUUCUUGCCAAAGUUUGUGGAACAAAAAAACCUGCAAGUAGUAGUGAAAGUACACAAGAUAGCGCAGUCAUUCACCCCAUGUGA